UUCACCGCUCAGGAAACGUGUUGAUCAGUUUUUGUGAAGUGAGAGAAUGCAAGUUAUUGGAAUUGACGGUCGUGUCGUCGGCUAUCUUUUUUGUUUUUUAAUACUUCAGGCAAAACUAACGAAUUCGAGAACUUCUUGGAGGCUCAGUGCUGACAAAGUCAUCAAAUCAACGGACUUCAUAAGCACCGUUGAGGAUGAUCCUAUUUUCGAUAUUUUGGCAAGCAGCAUUAGUGUUGGAAACGGACAAAGUUGGAGUAAAACGGCUAUUUCUGAAAAAUAUGAAAAAAUUCAGCCUUAUUGCCAAGAUUGCAAAAAUGUUGCCUCUGAAAAUCAUGAACGACGAUUCUCGUCAUACGUGUUGAAGGAUACAACAAAUGCCACUGAAUCAUCUUUUCCUCUACCAUCUCAAGUGUCAAAUGAACAAAUCAUGUGUACUUCUGGUCAACAAUGUGAGGAUAUAAUUCUAGACUGUGGAAAACCUGUUAAUUUCACUUAUUAUGACAAUUUGCUCGGUGUUGCAAAUAGAGAUAAACAUCCAUUGGCUCCAGAACCUAAUGUAGCACUUAUGUUUAAGAAAAAUGGUGGCAAAACUGUGGAUGUUGACAUUGAUCUAUUAGAGAAACGUUUAAUAAAAGCUAAAAGAGAGAAACCAAAAUCUGUUCAACUUUACAAUCAAAUAGGAAAUUUUUGGCGUAUAAAAGGUGAUGCCCAAAGAUCAAUUGAAUGUUUUCGAAGAGCACUUGCUGUAUCGCCACAUAAUGCAGAAGUUUUGUUAAAUUUAGCUCGGGUAUUAUUAGUUCAACGAUAUUUGGACGAUGCAACAUAUUUAGCAAGACGUUCUUUGGAAUUGCAACCUCCAGAUCGUAAUGCUUGGGAACAAUAUCUUACACUUGGCCAAAUAUCCAAAGCAUAUGGUCAUUAUCAAGAAGCAACUGUACAUUUACGACAUGCUUUAGAAUUAAAACCAGACCUCUGUGAAGCAGCGGAAGCUUUAAGAGAGGUAGAAUCAAUUCCAGUUGCAAGCCUACAUAACUACACAUUACUGAUAAUUAUAUGUUUGGCACUUGGCGUACUUUUAGUAGUUUCAAGCAGUGUAAAAUGUGACGAAGUUUCUAGUCUAGUUAAUGGACAACUUCAACGUCCAGUUCAACGUCACUUUAGCCGCGCUAUGGCUAUGCGAAGUUUACGUCUUAAUGUUGCUCGUAAUAAACGUUGUUGAUUACUUGCUAAAAAAAAAGGAAUAAUCAUGUGACAGAA